GCCAGGCCCGGGCCGCGCCGGCGCCGCGUGCGGGAUGCAGUCCCGGGAGCCCCGCGCGGGCCACGCAGGCCGCGGGCACGUGAGAGACGCUGCGCGUGAGCGCGCUCCCUUCUGAGGGGAAAGCCGUGCGUGUGAGCGGUACCUUGAGCGUGAGGGGAAUUGCAGAAGUGUAAGGGCUGAGUGUGUGAGGAAAGACGCCGCGUGUGUGUGUGUUUGUGUGAGAGAAAGAGAGAGUUGGUCUGAGGGUGACUCUUGAGUGUGCGAGACGCGGAGUGUGAAGGUGACGCUGUGUGUGAGAGAGACCCUGGGCGUGAGCAUGACUCCCAUGAGUGGGCGAGAGACGGAGAGAGGAGAUGGUGAGAGGCCGUGAGUGUGAGAGAGCCCGCGGUCAGAGUGGCCCCGAGUGUGGCCCUGGGAACACGAGAGAGAGCGCAUGUGGGUCUCAUUCUGGGAAAGAACCUGUGCUGCGUGGGAGAGACUCAAACUGAGCAAGGCUCACGGGGCAAGACUGAGCAUGUGAGCGCCUGAGCCGAGCUCUCUGGGAGGCCCUGGGGGGCGGACAGGCUCCUGUUGGACUUGGAGUCUAGCCUGUUGAAGGGAGGACGGUGUGCUCGGUUUAGUGUCUUCAUAUCCCGUCAUCUUGUUUGAUCAUCUCAUGUUAAAUGGAAGACGAUAUUUGUGAAGCAUUCAGAGAACUCUUCACUAAGCACUGAGCAAACUGUCUGGGCACCACUUGUGUUAUAGGCAGUGAUAAGCAGGAAUCAAUAUUUAAUUUAACAUUUGUUUUUGAAUACCUCCGUGUGCACUGGUCUGUGCUUGGUAAAAAGAAUUCAAUCUCUGUCUGCCCUUGAUGGGGGCGAAAAAAAAAAAAAAAUACUGCCAACAAAUCUAGCGCCCAGUGGCAGAAAGUUCAGCCAACUGCUGCUUAUCUCUCAGGACUGAUGCCUGAUUUUGAAGAUCUGGGAGGAACAGACUUUUGAAAACCUAGAUUAAUUCGACAAGACAGACACUUGGAAUUAGGUCUGACUGGGGAGACUUCAUUUUCUUCUUUGUACCUGACCAUUUAUGAUGAAGUGGCUUGUGAAAGUGUGAUGGUUGCUUAUUUCCUCACAGGGCACUUUUGAAAAAGAAAGGUUGAACAGGCAAGCAGCAGUGUGGGAAAUAAGGCUGUAGUAAACACAGGUGAAAGAAGCAGUUGCCAUGGAAGCCAGGGAGCUGGAGAGUCCCACACCCACAUACCAUCUCGUUCCUGAGGCCAGGCAGCCUAGGGAGGAAGAAGGUGACCGCAUGCUGCCUCAGCAGGCCACAGAAACUAUGCAGCUGAAGAAGGAGAUCUCUCUGCUGAAUGGCGUCAGCUUGGUGGUGGGCAACAUGAUCGGCUCAGGAAUCUUCGUCUCACCCAAGGGCGUGCUGGUCUACACUGCCUCCUAUGGGUUGUCACUGGUCAUCUGGGCUAUUGGUGGGCUUUUUUCCGUUGUGGGUGCCCUUUGCUAUGCAGAACUGGGGACCACCAUCACCAAAUCUGGAGCCAGCUACGCUUAUAUUCUUGAGGCCUUUGGGGGCUUCAUUGCUUUUAUCCGCCUCUGGGCCUCACUGCUAAUUGUUGAGCCCACCGGUCAGGCCAUCAUCGCUAUCACCUUUGCCAACUACAUCAUCCAGCCUUCCUUUCCCACCUGUGAGCCCCCGUACCUGGCCUGCCGUCUCCUCGCUGCAGCCUGCAUGUGUCUGCUGACAUUUGUGAACUGUGCCUAUGUCAAGUGGGGCACACGUGUGCAGGACAUGUUCACUUACGCCAAGGUCCUGGCACUCAUUGCCAUCAUUGUCAUGGGCCUUGUUAAACUGUGCCAGGGUCACUCUGAGCACUUUCAGGAUGCCUUUAAGGGUUCCUCCUGGGAUGUGGGAAACCUCUCUCUUGCCCUCUACUCUGCCCUCUUCUCUUACUCAGGUUGGGACACCCUUAAUUUUGUAACAGAAGAAAUCAAAAACCCAGAAAGAAAUUUGCCCCUGGCCAUUGGGAUUUCUAUGCCAAUUGUGACGCUCAUCUACAUCCUGACCAACGUGGCCUAUUACACAGUGCUGAGCAUUUCUGAUGUCCUUGGCAGUGAUGCUGUGGCUGUGACAUUUGCUGACCAGACGUUUGGUAUGUUUAGCUGGACCAUUCCCAUUGCUGUUGCCCUGUCCUGUUUUGGGGGCCUCAACGCAUCUAUCUUCGCUUCAUCAAGGUUGUUCUUUGUGGGCUCCCGUGAGGGCCACCUCCCGGAUCUCCUGUCCAUGAUCCACGUUGAGCGUUUCACACCUAUCCCUGCUUUACUGUUUAACUGCACCAUGACACUCAUCUACCUCACUGUGGAGGAUGUUUUCCUGCUCAUCAACUACUUCAGUUUCAGCUACUGGUUCUUUGUGGGCCUUUCUGUCGCUGGACAGCUCUACCUUCGCUGGAAGGAGCCUGAUCGGCCACGACCUCUCAAGCUGAGCCUGUUUUUUCCCAUCGUGUUCUGCAUAUGCUCCUUGUUUCUGGUGAUUGUGCCCCUCUUCAGUGACACCAUCAAUUCCCUCAUUGGCAUUGGAAUCACCCUCUCUGGGGUCCCUGUCUACUUCCUGGGUGUUUAUCUGCCAGAGUCUCAGAGGCCACUCUUUAUUCGGAAUGUCCUUGCUGCUAUCACCAAAGUCACCCAGAAGCUUUGCUUUUGCGUCCUGACUGAGCUAGAUGUAGCUGAAGAGAGACAGGUUGAGAGGAAAACUGAGUAGAGGCCAGAGGUGAUAUCCCCCAAGGCCUGGAAGGCUGCUACCUGUGGCCACAGCCACCAAAGUCCAGAUUACAAGACUGUGUGGACCCAACCCUUUUGUGCUAAAGGAGGGCUGUUGGCCCACAUUAUGUAAGGGGGCUCAGGGCUGAUGGCCUGCUCAGUUCACUCUCAUUGGUAAGCUUUGGGAGGAAUCUCAGGGUUUGGGGCCAGCCUGAAGGUGGGGACUUCAGAGGGUGAUGGUGGGAAGAGGACUUGGGCAGUAGGGAAAGGGUGGUUCAGUUUUGUGCUGGUGAGUAGGUACAGCCCUUCCAAACACUUACUUGGUGAGUUGCACUGGGGGAAGAGGGAGUGCCAGGUUAACAGCUGGGGCUGUUGGUUUCUGAAUUUGACAUUUGAACCAGGAGUUUCUCUGAAGGGGCUGCUCUAUGGGAAAUUUUCCUCUGGCCAGGUCCAAGCACCUGACUUUAGAGGUCUGAAAUGCUACCAUUUCUUCCUCUGGCUCAGAAUCCUUCCUUGGGAAGAGGGUUGUCUUCCAUUAUUUAUUGAUAUUUAAUCCAGAAUACCAGUUCCAGCAAAGCGUUUGUCUUCAUUAAUUUACAGGAUGUAAUAGGCUGGUUGUAUUUAAAAAUUGAAAGUACCCCAAAGUGAGUCCCUCUAACCUUAGAGGUAUCUAUGUGGUGGUUGGUGAGACUCUGACCUCAGAUUUUUUUGCUUAGUUUUAGCACAGUCUUCUGUAAAGAUUUUUUUUUUUUAACUCCUGUACCAGUUACACUUUAGUAUGUAGAUAGGCCACAUGUUAACAAUCACCUGGCUCAAGUCCAGCAAGGACAGAUGAACAAAUGCAAGAGUCAGAAGCCUGGUAAAACUGCUACUUUGAAGGCUAAUCUUUAUUUUACUUGAGACCUUAGUUCUUUGCUCUAGUUGGCAAAUCCCUGGUUUCUGGUAUGAAGUCUAAGAAGGCAGAAACUGUCCUAGGAUUCGAUGAAUCACUUGAAUUCUUUCAGCUGUCAAUGGCUUAGAGACAAUUUCCGGGACCCAAGCUGACAAGUAAGUUGUUCCUCUCUGUAAGGGCUGCUAUGAGGGGCUGCUGUGCAGACCCAUGCAAGCCCAUUGUGGUGCUAGAAGCGGUCAUUUUCCUGGAAACCUCACAUCAGGCUGCAUCCUCCUCCUUGUCCCCGACACCAGGCUUUGUUUACAUUCUGAGCCACCUUGGUGUGGGUCAUCGGGACAAUGCACUCCUCUUCUGCCUGCCUCCCCUUGCCUGAGGUUUGGGGGGGCUGCAGUCUCAAGAAGAGCUUGGUACUUGUGGGAACUUGUUUUCUCCCUGUGGACAUCAGUGACGACUCUGGAAUAAAGCUGCUUCCACCUCCACCUGGCUCUUCAGCAGACUCAAAAUCAGAAGCAACUAAUUCUGGUGCUCAGGCUGCGCUUUAGCACCCAGGUGUGGCCAGUGGUACAUCUGACAUAAUGGAUGUUCCUUUAUGGGCCGCCAGGCUGCACUGGAUUGGACAGCCGUCCAGUGUUGCUUCCAGAAGCCCAUCCUGGACCCAGAAGAACCUCCUGGCUUGGUAUGCCCCCAUGGGGUUCUUGUCCUUAGAUUUUGAAAUCAAUCAAUGAUAAAGGCAAGAACUGAGGCAA